CAGAAUGUCAGUGUUCUGGUGUUUGUAACAGUAAUGGCCGCACUGAGAGGGGAGUGGUGAAGUCUUUCUCCACCCUUUACCUGGGGGAGGUGAAAAGGAGACACUCAUCGGAAGAAACCAAAGAGCCUCAGAUGACAAAGAUACUUUUUUACCAUGUCAAAGUAAAGAGCAGGGCUUCAUACCUGUGUAGAAGAAAUCAACCAUGUAUUCUUUAUUAAGAAUUGUGGGUUUACUGAAUAUAGUGUGCAAUGUGGACAGUCUUCUUGGAAUCAGAUCACAUUUUUAUGGUUGCCCUGCUGAUGUCUACAUUGUUCUUGAUACAUCUGAGAGUGUGGCACUGAGAGUCCAGCCAUACGGCUCUUUCGUGGAAAACAUCAAGCAGUUUGCUUUAGACUUUGUGGACCAGCUGAACAGCAGGUAUUACCGCUGCAACCGUAACCUGACCUGGAAUGCUGGUCUUCUGCACUACAGUGAUGAAGUGAAGGUCAUGAGCGGGCUCACCAGCAUGCACACUAAUAAAACAGCUCUGAAGAAAGCUAUUCGAGACGUCCGCUACAUUGGAAAAGGAACCUACACCGACUGUGCUAUCACUGCAGCCACAGGGCAGCUGAUGUCAGGGAUCUCACCCUUCCAUGCUAACAAGUACAUGGUGGUUGUGACAGACGGACAUCCAUUUGAUGGGUACAAAGAGCCAUGUGGUGGAAUCAGCUAUGCUGUCACAGAAGCUAAAGGAAUGGAUAUUAAAAUCUUUGGUGUGGCAAUCACACCAGAUCAUCUGGAUGACAGGUUGGGCUCCAUUGCAACUGAGUUCCGCUACAGAUACAAUCUGUCAGCCACAGGUGACAACCCUGAUGUAGUAAAAAACACCAUUAACACCAUCAUCUCCACUAUUUACAAGGAUUCUGAGUCUUUGUGUUGCACCUACGAGUGUAAGGCUGGAAGAGGACUGCCUGGUGCCCCUGGAGGCAAUGGUGAAGCGGGAAUUCAAGGAAAGCGAGGAGUUUCUGGAAAGCCUGGUAAUGCUGGCUCAAUGGGAACUACAGGGGAUCAGGGGCCACCGGGUCACAUAGGAGAAAAGGGUGAUACGGGACCUCCUGGAACAAGGGGUCCCAGAGGGGCUUUUGGACAAAAGGGAGAUAAAGGAGCCAACGGUGUUGAUGGGAAAGAUGGACUUGUGGGUGAUUCUGGAUCCCCUGGCUUGCCUGGAUGCAAAGGAGAUGAUGGCUCCGAUGGGGAACCUGGCCCUCCAGGUGAAAAAGGAGACCCAGGCCCGUUUGGUGCUAAAGGACAAAAGGGUGAAAUAGGUACAUCUGGGAUGGCUGGAUUAUCUGGGAUAUCUGGAGCCACUGGCCCCAAGGGGGAUCCAGGACCAAGAGGUAUGAAAGGAAACAAAGGGGACCAGGGAGAUGGUGGUGAUUUUGGAAAUCCAGGAGUCCAAGGUACAAAGGGUGAGAAAGGAGAGAAGGGAAUGAGAGGACCAGCAGGUGUCCGAGGGGUACGAGGCGAAAAGGGGAACACUGGACCUGCUGGUGCUCAGGGACAUGAAGGCACUGCUGGUAAUAACGGAUCUCCGGGUCCUCGGGGUGUUGCUGGUAUGAAGGGCUACAAAGGGGAGCCGGGACCCAUGGGACCAGAGGGAACUAAAGGUUCGACAGGCCUAAUUGGACCUCCAGGAGAACCCGGCCCUGCUGGGGAAAGGGGAGAAGAAGGUGCUGCAGGACAAGGCACACAAGGGUACCCAGGCUUCCAGGGAUUCCCAGGACUGAGGGGAGAACCAGGUUUAAAGGGUAUCAGAGGGUUCCCUGGACUGAAGGGAGAUCAAGGGCUUCCAGGUGACAGAGGAAGUGAUAAUGAUCUACCUGGAAAAGAGGGAGCAAGAGGACCAAAGGGAUACCCAGGCCUUCCAGGAGAAUAUGGGUCACCAGGACUGAGUGGACCUCCUGGACCUGAUGAGUGUGAAAUUCUGGAGAUCAUUAAAAAACUUUGCUCAUGCUGUGAAUGUGACUGUGGUCCAGUGAAGCUGCUGUUUGUGCUGGACAGUUCAGAGAGUGUGGGUCUGCAGAACUUCACAUUGGAGAAAGAGUUCAUUAUCCGGGUUAUUAACAAGAUCACCAAGAUUGGCAAAAACAAGAGUGACCAGGGCUCACGGGUUGGUGUGGUCCAGUACAGCCAUGAAAGCACACUAGAGCUUGUUUCCAUGGACGACCCCAAAAUCACCAGCCUGGCUCAGCUGAAGAGUGCUGUAAAGAAUAUGCGCUGGAUUGCCGGAGGAACCUACACAGGUGAAGCACUGGAUUUUGCCAAGCAAUCCUUCGGCACGUCACAGCUGACUAACAAAGUGGCCAUAGUGCUGACUGAUGGCAGGUCAGACACUAGAGACAGCAAGCCGCUGUCUUCUCUUUGUACAGUGCCCAACAUAAGAGUGAUUGGCAUUGGCAUUGGGGACAUAUUCCGGAGAGCACCUUACACAAAAAUGCUGCAGGAGAUCACAUGCCAAACAACCAGUAAACCAGGAGCAUAUCUGAAGAUCACAGACCAUACCCAGCUUCUGGAAGAGUCCUUUUUUGAAAAUCUCACCAACUACAUUUGCCAAGAUAAAAAGUGCCCAGAUUUUACCUGUCGAACUGAAUUUAAAGAGGCAACAGACAUUGCCUUUAUGUUGGACGGAUCCACUAGUGUGGGAAAGAAGAACUUCGAGAGAACAAAGGGCUUUGUUGAGCAAGUGGCUAGGAAGCUGCUCUCCAAGGACUUUGACCAAAGGAGAUUCCUGCGACUGUCCAUUAUGCAGUACAGUGGCACCAGCCAGCAGAAGGUGGAGGUACCCUUCACUAACAGGCUUGAGGAUGUGCUAGGGCGCAUCCAAGCCAUGACUUACAUCGACCAAGCCACAGAUCUGCCGGCUGCCUUGAGGUUCCUGGGGGAAGUGUUCAAACGUGAGGGCCGAUCCAAUGCUCAGAAGAAGGUUGUGAUCUUCUCAGAUGGACGGUCUGUGUCGGCAGUCAGAUCACGCAUCCCUGAACAAGCAGAUGCUGCUAAAAAGCAAAACCUGGACUUGUUCGCUGUUACUGUUGGUGACCAUUUUGAUGAAACCGGCAUAUGCCAGCUGGUCACCGGCCAGGUCAAUAACUUCAACUAUACAUAUGUCGACCAAAGGGUUUUCCGGGUCCCGCAAUACAUGGAUCUGACUAAAAACGUUGUGAUGCAAAGCCUGGUUAGAAAACUGUCAACUUCUUAAUAUCACUGAGGUUAAGAGUACCUCUGUUUUGCUAGUUUUCUGCUCUAGCAUAAUUUUAUUUAGGACGAAAUUAGGAACCAACAGUACUCGGAUUUGUAUUUUUUUACGCAGGAUGGUAUUUCUGGUUGUAUUUUUCUGAUGGUGAUUAGUUGCAAUGUAAAUGUUAAUAUCUCCUUGUGACAGGAUGACAGAGGUUGAGACUCAGAGACAGUGUGAAAGUUCAAAAAUAAAGCUUUUAAUAUACAAAAAUGCAAAAUAAACCAGCACGAGGGCCAAACAAAAAGGUUUUAAAAACACAGACAAUAAGAACAAAACAAAUCUUAAAAAAUAAGGUUUCCAGGCUGGGCUUUGCCUUCUCUGGAUUCAAAAAUGAACCCAAAAAAACCCCACUCUUACUUCCUCAGCUACUCUCCUCUUUCUAGAACUCUCCCCCCUAAUGGGAGGCUGAGGCCUCCUUUUAUGCCAGGUGGCUGAGUGUUAAUUGAAUAAUUAAUUGAUUGCUCCCACCUGACACAAUCAACCUGGGCAGGGAGGAGAAUUUAACCCCACCCCUGCCAGUAUUUACAAGGGCAGAUCCCUGCUCUGCCACACUGCACCUUUUUGGUACAGGGCUCUUAGAAAGAGGUCUUAUUAUUUGGCUUGAUGUUGACUGUAUCCUGCAGAAAUGUUUAAAAAAAACCCACAUAAAAUCAUAUGAUGGAGCCUAAGAAACCAAAACGUUUGUAGUAUUUUGUCACAGAAAAAGACAGUAGGCAUCAAAUGCGAGUAUAUAGUUUAAGUUGUAUAGUUGUUAAUGCCUCCCUGUCUCUGUCAGAAAAAGAUGUCAUUACAACUUUUAUAUUGUGGUUAUGAUAAAUUCAAGCUAAUAAAUGAAUUUCGUAAAUCUU